AAGUGUGUACCCUGUUGCCCCCCUCCCCCCUCUGACUCAGGCCGGGUCGGACCGGGUGUGUUUCCGGGGUUCCGAACUCAGCUGAAGCUCCAGCAGCGCGUCUGAAGCAGGAGAUGAGGAAUCCCACCGAGGCUCCAUCAUGGAUGUGCUGUGUUCAUUUCCUCUUCCUGCUCGCUCGAGUGUCCUGUCACACUGAGUUUGAGAUCUCGGUACCCACUCGUGUGCAGACGGCUGUGUACGCCGAGUCGGUGGUUCUGUCCUGCACGUUCCCAGUGAGCGGCUCGUGGGACGCAGGCAGCAGCGUGAUCACGUGGCAGCGAAAACUGGAGGUGGUCCAUAGUUUCUACAAUGGCCAAGAUCAGCCUCAGUUCCAGAGCCAGAGAUACGCCAACCGCACCAGCCUGUUCCACCAGGAGCUGAAGAAGGGGAACGCAUCACUCAGGCUGGACCGUAACAUUGUGGAGGAUGCGGGGGAGUACACCUGCUCCAUCAGCACUCAGCUGGGCAGCCAGAGGAAGAGCUUCAGCCUCAAAGUAGCAGCGUUCUACCCUGAGCCUCGUGUGCACAUCUCACUGCUGAACGGUGGCCAUGUGGAGGUGCUGGUGACCUCAGAGGGUGGGUACCCCUCCCCCUCGCUGCAGUGGCUGAUGGGAAAUGUGAGCGACAUCACCAACGACACACACACGCAGCUGAGGCAGGACCAACACACACAUCUGUACAGCGUGAAGAGUAAACUGAACCUGAGCGGCACCAUCAACUCCUCCAUCACCUUCAUCAUGAAGAACCCAGAUCUGGGCCAGGAGAUCAGGAGGAACAUCGACCUCUUCUCAGAAACAGGAGGAGAUGAUGAAGACAAACAGAAAAUCACUGCAUACUUCCUUCUUGGACUGGCCACUGGAAUGGUUAGAGGUGAGCCGGAGUAGAGAGAUGGUGAACACCACAAGGACGUGCGAGCGGUGGAACCAGGAGACGGGAACCAUGUGACGUCUCUUCAAAAGAGCAGAGUCUCUUGAAGAUUGGAACAAGCCGAGGACAGCAGGACCAUAUCUUUGCCACCCAGACAUCAGCGAACAUGGAGCAGAAAGUGAUACAAGAUGGAUCUCAACCUGCCAAGGAGGAUUACGAAGGACGGAGACGGAAAAAGGUGAAAAAUCUGAGACAGGAAACUGGACAAACCGGGAUGCAGAUGCUGCUGCGGACGGAAAAGAGAAGAACGUGUCCGAUGGAAUAAUGGAGUCUACAGAUCAUCUUUACAGUCAUGCAUCGCCUGUUAUGACAGAAAGGCAUGGCCACAGUGGUUCCUAUGACCGGGCUAAAUGACUGGAGCGUGAAUGUAUCGUCUGCUUUGAUGUUUGUUUUCAGGACAUUUGAAGGCUGGACUGAUGCGUGGGCGUUUUAAUGGCUUUAACUUGUGUAUUUCCACCUUGAUGAAGAAAACGAUGGGGUCCCUGAUGGGACGGUGUGUGCUGAUAAUACAACCACCUGCGAAGGAAGAAAAAGUAAAGUUUGGAUUGAAGCAGAUUUGAAAAAAGGGAUUGAGGAAGAAGAGGAAGAGGAGGAAGACCACCUUUAAGAAUAAAAGCAAAUCUUUACUCAUGUUUUAAACAUUAUUACUUUACCUACUGAUAAUCUUAUCUUUAAGCCACUGAUGUUGAUUUACUUUUUUGGCUAAAUGUUUUAUUCUUUGUUUAAUUCCUAGUGUAUUACAAAUAAGCAAAUAUGGUACAGAAAACACGGAACUGGAUGUUUGGUGUCACCCAGAUGAGGAAUGGGUUUCCUUAUGAGCCGGGGUCCUCACAAGGUUUCUUUCCGAAACAAAGAAUGAAGUGAAACAGGGAAGUUUUUCCUUGCCACCGUCGCCGCUGGCUUGCUCAUAAGGGACGAGAUCUAAAGACCUGGACCAGAACUGAUGAUGAUAUAAUUAUGUCGUUUGAGGACGAACCCUUUUUAUCAUUGUAUUACGUACUGGCUUGAAGUUUUUAUAGAAAUAGCUUAAUGUGAAAUCUAAUUUAAAUUGGAGACCAGGCGCCGAACGCUGCUGGACGCUUGCUUUAAAUUCUCAGUAAGAUGGGGCUUUUACUCUCUAAUUGGGCUAAAUUGAGGGGUUUUCGACCAUCUCUGGUCUCCAAGCUUCUGAUGCUAUAUGAUUAUAUGAUGCUAUGCUUAUGGUUUACUUCUAACAUGAUCAAGUUUAUUCUUGUAUAAUCAUGAAAUAAAAUCAAUGUAACCCUUG